CUCCACUUCAGACAUCCGCCUGCACCACGUUGUAUUCGUUUAUUUUGUUUUGUUUUAAUUGCGGAAAGUCUGUGUCUUAAAAACAUCAUGAUUUACCAAGCACGUGGAAUUUUAUCGUUGAUUCUGCUGAUAAAUUAUUUAGAAAAAGCAUAUGUAAAUGCGGACGAGCCAGCAUGUUCUAAGUUUGACUUUGAAGAACGAUUGCUCGCCAAAGUCAUAAAACUGGAACAUACGCUAAAGACAACACAGGAAACCGUUGAAUCUAUAAAAGCAUCUGCGAAAAGAACUGGAACGACUUACAUACGCUGGGGUCGAACCGAAUGCAAUACCAAUGGCACAGAACUCGUGUAUAGAGGUUUUGCUGGAGGAUCGUUUUACACAGACAAUGGCGGAGCCUCGAAUUACCUUUGCCUUCCGGAGAAACCGGAAUGGGGAAAUUACGAUGAUAAGGAGAACGGCGACAGUGCCUUAGUGUAUGGUGGAGAGUUCCAACUUAACAACAGAGAAUCAUUUUUUGACCACGCAGAUGUGGGUAAUAUAUACCAGCAAGAUGUUCCAUGUGCAGUAUGCAAGACUGAGCGAUCAUCUUUGAUGAUGAUUCCGGCGAAAAGAAAUUGCUUCGACGGGUGGACGAAAGAAUAUGAAGGUUACUUGGCAGCGGGCUCGAUAGCGACAACCGCGCCUUCUGAGUACGUUUGCUUGGAUGGGAAACCGGAAAUCCUCUACGGCGGAGGUACGAACACAAACGGGAAAUUGUUCUAUAUUGCCGAAGCGAGAUGCGGCUCCCUGCGUUGUCCGCCAUACGUCAAUGGACGUGAGCUAACGUGCGCUGUUUGUACUGCAUAGGAACGCUAGAACUUUUGUAUUUCUUGUUUUGAAAUGUUUUAUUAAGGCAGUAUUCUAAAUAUAUUCUAACCUCACUUUCAUUUAUUUUUAUUUUUCAAAUUUUAUUCAACACAAAACAACAAUGUUAUAUUACAUGAAAUGCACUAAAUCUUUAAAUGAUGCCGAAAUAUUCGGCAAAACUAUUCAAACAUCUGUUUGUGACUCUAUGCUUUUUAUAGUAUGAGAAUAGAGUGACAAAUUCAUUUUUAAAGAUAUGCAUAAUGUCGACAUGUUAUCGUCUACUAUUGCUGAUGAAAUAUGCUUUAUAUAUACUAUAACCUAGAGUGGCAAAUAUUAGGUUUAAAUAAAAAUAUUCAGGAUUAGUAAUAUUAUAUCCAAGUACAAUAUAUUCAAUCUUUCUUAUAUUCUUGUUUACCCCGUAUUUUGAAAAGGCAUUUGAAAAGAUCUGCCAAACAGAGUUGACUGAUAAACAAUCUAUGAAAACAUGUUCAUAUGUCUCACACGUGUUGCAAAUAUUGCAGUUUGGUGAAUUACUCUUACCCCACUUAUGCUUUAUAACGUUGCACGGAAAAAUGUUGAUUAAAACUUUAUAUUUGAA